UUACAGGCAGUAGGCGGUGACAUCGUAUUACAACGACCCACUGGAGCACGCAUGACACCUGCAAAUCGUGCGAUUUCUUGUCGAGAGCGGCAUGGCGUUCAACUGCGUGAAGCUUGCGAGCUUCAAACGCAUGUUAACAAUGAUCAUCCCACCUGGGGUUCCCGGGUUGCCCACCCCGAAACCCCCGACAUAUCACAUGAUCCGUACCUCGCUUUUGGAUGAGCUUGAUGCGGAAGUUCAAAAGUGUGUGAAACCCGUCCUUGCUACUUCGGCAACCUACGGAUGCACGAUCAUGACAGACGGGUGGACCAACAUUCGGGGCCAAACGUUGUGCAACUACCUCGUCGGGACCAUGCGGGGCGCGACAUACGUCGCGACAGAUGUCAUGCGAGGAAAGAAGGAUGCCGCCGCUCUGGCGCAGGCUUGGCUGCGAAGGUUGAAGUCCCUUGACAUCAAGCUCGCAGACAUCACCACGUUCGUCACAGACUCGGCUAGUUCCAAAGUUUCUGCGAUGGAGGUGUUCCAGAAGGAUGAGAGUGUUAAGCACAUCUUCUGGAUACCUUGUGUGGCGCACGUCAUGGACCUCAUCCUUGAGGACAUCGGCGACAUUGAGUGGGUGACGACCCGCAUUGCUCAGGCGAGGGUGGUCACAAAGUUUUUCAAGCGCCAUAGCCAUGCUCGCGAGGUUUUGCAAUCUUUCUUGACGGCUGCACUGUUGCUUCCUGCCGAGACUCGCUUCGGCACGCAUGUCAUUAUGAUGCGGCGGCUUCUUAAGUUGCAAUCGCAUCUCAUGAGAGUGGUGAUCGACGAUCGGUGGAAGGACACUAUUUGGGCGACGAAGAAGAUUAGAGACGACGCCGCGGAGGUCACAGCAUGUGUCGGUUGUCCUCGGUGGUGGGAGGAUAUGACAGCGUUGUGCAAGUUAUUGGAUCCCAUCAUGGACAUGCUGCAGAUGGUGGACAGCGACACUAGGCAGAUUGGCAAGAUUUUGUGUCGGUACGACGAGAUGAUCAUGCGUUGUUUGUCAGCAUGUGCCUCGUUUGACAGGGGUGAGCAGGACGCAGUUCUCGAGGUGUUUGACAGACGCCGCACAAUGUUCAAGUCGGCUUCUCAUAUUGCUGCCAUGAUGUUGGAUCCCGAGUUUCGAGAGCGCACGAUGCCAGACGACGACGAGAUGCAGCAGGGUUUGAAAGUCGCUCUUGUUCAGUUCGGGUACCCAGAGGGUUCGGAUCAGCACAACGAGGUGCUGGCUGCCGUUGACAAGUUUCACACCAGGGAACCGCCGUUCGACGAUGUGGCCAUGGACCGAGCGGCGAGGAGCUACACCCAUCCAGCCACAUUUUGGGAGUCGAAGGAGAAGAGGUUCCCGCACACGGCCUUCUUUGCCGGCAGGAUACUGCGUGUGUGGGCGACUGCAUCGCCCUGCGAGCGAGCAUGGUCCCGCUGGAGCUUCAUCCACUCCAAAUCCCAAAACAGAUUGGAGGUGGCACGGGCCAAGAAGCUCGUGCGAUGCCACUGGAACCUUCAACUCCUUGACAUGCAGGGUAUGUCGGACGAUGCUCCCAACGACAGGCCACAUCCAUACGGGAGUUGGGUGCACUAUUGGCAGCAGGUGGAGAAGGAGGUGCCCACUGACCAGCAGCUUGUCGCCGACAAAGGAGCCCGUGUUGCGGUGACGCAUGAGGAGUUGUUGCACGCUAGAGAGAGGAUGCGUGCCGUGUCCCGCAUGGGAGCCGCUCGUCGUUUGCGAGAGUCAGAGAGGAGGAGACGUUGUGGAGGUUGUCGCGGAGGUGGUUGUCAAGCCGGUCGUGGGCAAGGCGGGCGUGGAGGUCCUGACGGGAGGAGGAGUGUCGCGAGUCGUGGAGUGACGGUGGACCAGCUUAUACGCAAGCCUCGCCAACGAUGGGACGAGGGAGACUUUUUGUACGAGAGCUCGUUGAGUGACGAUGAGGAUUUCUUCGGCAGUGGCAUGCCUGCACAGGAUGGCGACAGCGAUUUCGACGACCGUUACCCGGACGUGGACGACGAUGACGGCUCCGGAGACGAUGAUCGUGGUGAUGGGGGAGAUCAGCCACUACCCCGCUCGACACGGAGAGACGACGAUAGAGGGUUUGACGAGGAAGCGGGACAUUGCCGUGUUGAUGGUGACGCUGAUGUAGGGAGCGGUGCAGUGGCCUCGAGACCUGCAGACGGUGACACCAUGGACGUCCAGGGGGCGGAAGGCGAGCACUGCACAGCCUCGGAUGGGGUGCGAGAUGGAGCGACUGAUGGUGGUCCAGGACUUGUGGACGGCGGUGGCUUGAGGCGUUUGAAGCGUGGACCCAGGGAACGAGACACUAUCGCUUCCCGUGUGCGCAGACGUCAUGGCGGGGUUCCCGACAUUCCAAGAGCAGUAGUCCCUCAAUUUGAGCAGAUUCCUGUUUCAGAGGACUCUUUGAGCGACAAUGCCGACGAGGAGCGGAUGGAGGUGAUUGACGGGACCGGUCAUGCCGUUAGUGACACUUUCAGUAUGCACUCGACAGCUCCGACGGGGUCCUCGGCAGCAAUCCAGGAGUCGGAAUCGGGUCUGGCACCGUCGAUGCAUCAUCCCGAGUUGAAGGGAGACAACGGUGUUCUCCCGGUGAUGGACGACGAGGGUUCGGCUCAUUCAAUGCAUCAGCUCACUUCUGCUGGAGCGCCUACAUUGUCAGUUGUACAACCUCCGAUGUGCGACUACCGCCGUCGGCGGUGGAGCGAGAGACUGUGCCGCCGGCUCCCAGUGCUUUGGAUGAUCAUCCCGAUGUAGCCAUGGAGGGGGUUGAGGGGCAGCAACCAAGCACACAGGGAGCCGAUGCAGUUAACACUGUGUCGCGGCCACCGCGCGCAUUGACAGAGGGGACUGUUGAUGUGUGUCUAGGCGCGAUCUCCCGGACGUGGUCGUCUCACGCACUCCCGCCGCUGAGCAUAUCGUCGUUGCCCUCGUCGGCCUGGAUUGCCUCACCGACAGUCUUCCUCGUACCGCCAAUUUACUGGCCAUGGACUCGGCGCUCGCCUCGCUCCCGGACUUGUCGACGUUGAUAUCUCCUAGUCUGCCCCACGU